AUGCAGAUCACCAGCCUCUUCACCCUCCUGGCCGUCGCCAUGACCGCCUCGGCCCUACCCUCCUUCGAGACCCCCGCCCGCCGCGGCGGUGGCGAAGGCGAGAAAGGCGCCGACAACCAAUGCACCAACGAGACGGCCAACGUCUGCUGCAGCGGUGGCAUUCUCGAGUGUGUGGUGAACAUCGCCGGCCCUUGCAACGGUCAAGCGUACUGCUGCAAAGAAGACAAGCUCAAGGGUACCACCCUCGCCGACGUCGACCUCAGCUGCCUCAAGGUGUUGUAA